AUGGCUCAAGCCGACGCUAUAGAGUACGAAAAGAGGAAGAACAUCGAUAUGCUCGAGUCCCUCUCCGAUUCCGACUCCCUAGGCUUCGACGAGAAGGCCACGAAGCGCCUAGUUAGGAAGAUCGACUGGGUAUUGCUUCCGUUCCUGGCACUGCUCUUUCUCCUCAGCUUCUUGGACCGCACCAAUAUCGGAAAUGCUCGUCUCGCCGGCAUUGAAAAGGAUUUAGGAAUAAAGGGUCUCGACUAUAAGAUCGCCCUUCAAUCCCGCAUUCCCAGAACGCUUUUAGCUCUCUAA